GUUUGACAGGUGUUUGGGAAAGAAGUAGGAAGACGGCGAAGUAAAAUAUAAGGUGUUAUUUCCCGUAUAAAAUGAAGAACAGCUCUCAAAUUAAGUAAUCAGGUGUUCCAGUUAUUUGGAAUGGAUUGAAUAUGAUUUAACAAGAACUAGAAGAGUUGUUGAAGAUCAGAUACAGGAUGGCAACAGAACCUGAUGAAGUAACAGUCAUAGUUGUCAGUGCUAAAGGGCUACAGGGCAGAAAAGCAGGACGACACAAAUACUCGGUGAUAUUUGGUGUCGGAAGCAAGAAAUACCGUACAGCAGUCGUUAAGCAUCCAGAACCAGAAUGGAACGAGGAAUCUGUUAUCCAUGUGAACAAUAUCCUAGACCAAGUAUUCUUUAUUGUGACGGAGAAAGAAGAUAUACUUGGUCAGGUGAACAUCCCAGUAACCUCCCUUCAGGCAUCACCAGGACGCAACAUGAAGUCGACACUUCAACCUCACAAAAAGUGUUCAAAUCCAACAGGAGAGUUAGUGUACCAAUGCUAUGUCUCCAAGCGUCGUCCCGCGGGAAUGAACUAUGAGUCCAAAUCUCCGACUCUAUCCCAUAAGUACAGGAAGGAAAGACGUGGCUCCACAUUAUCUACUAUAAACAAGAAGUUCUCCCGCUCCAUUCAUGAUCUUCUCAGCUUUGGCAAAUCUAGUAAUAAUAAUGAGGAGGACAAUACCCCGAAACUUAAGUCCAAACAUGGGCCAAAGUUCAUGAGCAUCAGCUCUGGGCUGGACAGCUCGGGUAAACUGCCUGUGAUAUUGAGUGUGAGUCCCAAUGUCGGACUGACCAGUGGAGGUACACGAAUCACCAUUGUUGGGAAGAACUUGGGGUUCAGUAAGAGUGAUAUUGUAGAUCUGACUAUUUGUGAAUGUGACUGUGUGGAUUAUAUUGAAUAUGAGUCUUCUUCUAAGAUUCACUGUAAAACAAGGUCCACUCUCCCUGGCAAGGGUGACAUCAUCCUCGAAACAGAGUCAGGUGGCAUUGGUACUCUAAGAAAUGCAUUUGCUUUUGUUGAUGAACUUCCGGAAAAUGGUGUGAACCCAUUUGAUAGCCCCAACCCAUUCGAUGAUGGUGAUGUGGAUUCUGGGGAACAAGCUAGUUUUACUAUUGGGGAUUCUCCAGAGAUGCAAACAAAGGCAAUAUCUGUGCCAGUGCCAUCACCAAAAGGAGGAAGUGUGUCCAGCAUGUCUCCCCCCUCUAAAAAACAUUUUGUGAAACACUUGAGGAGGGCAAGUGAGGGACAUGUUCUACAGCAGUUAAAAGGGGGACCAGUGGCAGCCACUCCGCCGGUGUCACCUACACCAAACAAGAUGGAGAAGCUACAGCAACAGGUCCUGGAACUCAAGAAGGAGAAUCUAGCUUUGAAACAGGAUAACAAAGACAUGAAAGCUUACAUUGAUAAGUUGGUAGCAAAGGUCAUACAGCAUUGCCCAGACGCUCUCGAAUCAGGCACAAUGCAGAACAGAUGGAGAUAAUUGAGCACAAGAGUUUCAAGGAUAUUAAGAUGUCAUGAUGAUGUGAUUUGUUUUUUAUUGAUAGCAGAUAUGUUUCUCCAAAUGAAAUAUAUUGCAAAUACUUGUGUAAAAUGCUCUAAGAUGUAUGAUAGCUUUCAGUUAUCUGUCUUAAUAUGAAUCCUAGCUGUUCUUUUUCACUAAAAAUCUUAUAGCAGUAUCCGGGAAAUAUCUUAACAUCUAUGGAACACUACUGUUAUUUUAAACUUCAAUAAAACUUUGUCACAUGAUCAAGGAAGUGUAUGAACAUCAUACCACUGUUCUUGUAUACAGUCUCUAGUUUCAGGAAUGCUCUAUAGAAAAUAUUUCAGUAAUGGUCUAUAGAAAAUACCUCAUGAUUUUUCCUAAGGAAUUCAAUUUCUUACUUUCCAUGAAAAAUAUCAGUUAAUCUGAAGUUUAAAGGAAUCCUUGUUAAACUUGGUAAGUUAUCAUAGCAUUUUAUAUGCUGAAACAUUCUUUCAAUUAAAAUAUAAACUUGAUCUAUGCAAAUAUUUGCUGCCUUUUUGAUGUGCAUUAUAAGUAUAUGGUGAAUAGGGUAGAUUUUUUUCGAAAUUUGGUAUGUAGUAUUUAAUUUAUUAGCAUAUAUUUAACAAAUAAAAGCUUUUUUAUGUCAUUCUUUAAUUCCACUGAAUACCAUUUGCUCUGAAAAACUUGAAAAUGUGAAAUUUACCUGUAAAUAGCAUUAGAUGUUUUGGCAUUAUGAAUAUUGAUCUGGUUGCUAAAUACAUGUACCAGAAAAUGUUCUAUUAUUGAUAUUUUCAUUAGAUGAAAACACUCCUGUGAUAUGAAUUGAUUGCCUUUUUUUUAUUUUGGGGAAUUUUGUGUUUUUGGUGUUGAUGAUCAUAUGAAUCAGCUACAGCCUUCAGGUUUUUGUCUACAAGUAUAUUUUGAAAAUAUUUGCCUGAUAAUUUUUAGCUUCUCCUAAAGAUGUAUAUUACCUAAACAGUAACAUGUUGAGAGAAGAAAUUCUUACUUAAAGAUCUUUUAAGGUGUUUAUUUCAAAAUGUUUAUUAUGUCUAUUAAUGGAUGGUCCAGAUGAAUUGUACACAAAAGUUGAAGUAAUAAUAUGCAGGUAAUUAGGAAUAGAUGUCUAAGUUUAAACAACACAAGGGAGAUAAUCCACAUACAUAUCAUUUAGGGAAGCAUAUUAGCUUUAAGCAUUGACAGACUGGUGGUUUCGUGUAGAGACUCUCACUAGAAAUAGUAAAUUAAAGGACAUACCUCCUUAAGUGUUUGCAUAAUGUAGGUAGAUUUUCCUGUCUCCACCAUGAAAUGGAUAGAGUGUAUACAUGGAUCGUAGGUCAGGAAAACAGCUUUGUUUUAGGUCCAAAAUUAUUCUUGGUUUUGGAAAGUUGUAAGAUUUUAUAGAGGCUCUUUUGGGUUCAAAAAUUGUUCUUGGUUUUGGAGAAUUAUUAGUUUUUUUUUAUCAAAGUUUGAAAUUGACACAUUGAUCUUCAUUUGUAAAAAAAAAAGAAAAUGAGAUACAUUUUGAAAUUUGUUUUUUGCAUUAUUUUCCCCAUUAGAGUCUUACUUCUCAAAAUAGUUGGGGUGUUAGUUUAUGUUUCAAACUAGCAUUUUCAGUAUUUGGGUAGAUCAGUAAGACAUUGAUGAUAGUAGAUUGCUAUUAAAUUACAAUGACAUGUUAAAGAAUUAAAAGGAGUGAGUUGUGAUGAUUGAAUUGUCACAGUUGAUGGAUAUAAAAUAUUAAGUUCUGAAAACAGGACAUUUCAUAACUUCCUUCAGACAAACUAAUACCUAAAACUACAUUGUUUCUAUCAGGUACAUUUCAUGUUGAGGCUGUCAUCAUUGAAGAAGGUACAGCUGAAAUUGUCUAGGGUGUGGUGUAAAAAAAAUUGUUAUUGGCAUUUGAAGUUGAACUUAUCUGUGAUUACUGAAUGAUAUUAUUAUUCAUGACAAAAUUAGAAUGUACAUAAGUAGUGAUACUAUUUUAUUUAGACAACAGAUAUUUAAUCAGUAAAUUCAGAAAAAUGGAACUGUUACUUAAUACAGUUUACAUUCAAAUUGUAGGAAUUAUUCUUUGAGUUUGAGGAUACAAGUUUUCUUGUACUAGUAUGUUUGUUACUUUUUCAGUCACCCAAAUCAAAUCUUUUUCUCCUCUUUAGAUCUGACAUUACAUUUUAUAUUCAGGAUGUUUUUUACUUCUUCUUAGGAUAUUUUCUUGUGAUCAACUUUUGUUUAUAUUGUAGUUAAAAUAUUUUGAGACGUGGGGAGUUACCGGACUGUAUAACGAUGAGAAAGUUCACUUUGACUAAUAUGUUGAUGAUAGUAUAUAUAUUACAUUAUGUGACAGUUCUUAUCUUAGUCACCAGGAAAACAUUUUCUUCAAACUUUUUUAUUUUAUUUUUUUAUGAAAAGUUAGUCUGGAUUAACAUGAUCUCACUGUAUCUGUUUAAUGGUAUUGUAAUAUCAGGAAAAACAAUUAUGAAAAAUGUUCACGCGACUUCAGCUAGAAUGUUAUGUAUGACUGCAUUUCCUUCAAUAUAAUGUCUUUGUGACUUACAAGUCGUGUGUUACAAAAUCAUAUUAUAAAUGUUGGUUUUGGGGUGUUAUUGAUCCUUUCAGGGUUGUAUGGUACAUAUAAUAUUCACUACUCAGUGUUCUUUAAGCAGCUGGUACAUAUCCUAUAUACCCACCGAACUAUUAAUCAUAGUGCUUUACUUUCAUUAUUGUUAUCAUGAAUGCUUAUUUAUUAAAAAAAAAG